AUGACGGGCCUAGAACUAGUAGUUGCAGGAUGGUUUGCAGUUAAUGUCAUCUCUAAGUUGGCCGACCAGGUUGUAUCCCUCGUCAAGAAGCAAAUCAAGUAUCAGAAGGGUGUCAAGCGCAAGCUGAAAACUCUUGCAGAAGAUCUUAAGAAGAUUCAAGCUGCCAUCUAUUCAGCUUGCAGGCUGCAAAUCACCAACCCUGCCUUGCAACACUGGAUGUUGGAACUCAUGGAUGCGGCUAAAGCUGCCGAGAAUGUGCUGAACAAGUUCAGUUGCAACGUCGCCGGAGAAAGAGAAGAGCCUGCUCGUCCUCGUGGAUUUACCAAAUCAACAGGUACAAUUGUUAAACGUCUCUUUUUUCAUGAUCGGUACCUGGAUGAAUUGAACGAUGUCUUGAACAGAUUUGGAAAAGUUGCUGCUGAGAUGGGUAAUUUCCUCAAACUGGUUGAAUUAGAUCUAGUUGUAAGGAAGCAUCGUGAAAUGCUUGGGGGGCAACAGACAACCUCCAUGCCGAUCGAAUCCAACGUAGUUGGCCGCGAUAAUGAGAGAAAUGAUAUGGUGAAUUUUUUGUUGGCGACAGGUAACAGUUACGUAUGCGGUAACGAUGUGAACUUUGCUGUUGUUUCCAUAGUUGGCAUUCAUGGUGUUGGAAAAACUACUCUUGCUCGCUGUGUCUACAAUGAUAGAAAUAUACAGGGGCAUUUUGAUAUCAAGGUAUGGCUCUGUGUUUCUGAUGAAUUUAAUGUGAAAAGACUCAUGAUCGAGAUCAUAGAGUCUGCUUGUAUCCAGAGACCUCAUGAUCUACAUAGACUAAUAAACUUGGAUACCAUUCAAGGAAUUCUUAAUCAAGUGCUUAUGGAGAAGAAGUUUUUGGUCGUCUUUGAUGGCAUAAGGAGUGAUCAGAUAAUUGCUGGGUGGGAAACCCUGUGGCCAUCAUUUAAGUUCGGGAAAAAGGGAAGCAGAAUUAUACUGACAACAUGUGAUCAAAACAUAGGAGAGAUGAUGGAGAUGAAAACAAUAAACUUGAAGGGCAUAGAAGGCCAGGACUAUUGGAGAUUGUUCGAACAAUGGGCGUCUAGAGGUGUGAACCCGAGAGAUCUUCCAAUACUGAAAUCGGUUGUCAAGCAAAUAGCUCCCAAGUUGGGGGGAUCUCCUUUGGCAGCGAAGAUGGUGGGACUUAAGAUAGCAUCUAUGCUAAGGGAACAGGGGCAGAAGAUCAUGCAAAGCAAAUUAUGA